CUCCUCGUGGGCCUUCAGGGUAACCCCGACGAUAUCCUCCUCUCAUACAUGAUGCAUUUUCCCUCCUCCGAUAUCCACACUAUCACACUCACCGACAUUCCGGUCGUGGGUCGUGUUUGGCACUACUUCUCUGUCAUGCCCGAGCUCCGACGGCUGGACAUCAUGAGCAAUGAGAUCACGCUCCGCACGCUGUUCUCGGUCCUCGGGGAUGCGACAGCGUUUCCAGCGCUGGAAUCGCUUGAUCUUGCCGGAUUUACGUGGAACAAAUGCCACACCAUACGCUGGAAGCGGCGGACGCGUCUUAACUCCCUCAUGCUGGAGCUUAUCCAGAUCCUCGACUUCAGGAAGCGGUUCGGCAAGGGCAUCAAGAUGCUCUCGCUAUCGGCUGCAAACAAUGUGUUCAGGAGGGACGGGAUCGAGCGCGACCUACCGCGUCUCGAGGCGCUUGUGGAAGAGCUUGCGUGCGAGGAAAACGAGAAAGUUGAGUGCGACUCGUGUGCGGAGGACGAGGAGGAUGCGGCCGCUGACACCGACGAAGACGAAUCGACAGAGGAAGAGGAAGAGGGCCAGGACCAGGAGAGCGACGAAGAGGAGGUGGGCGAUGGGCCGCAUGAAGAUGGAGAAGAACCGGGCUUUGCACCUGUCUGAUGACGAGGGCUAAUUUGA